AUGGGGGUAUUAUCGAUCGCUAUAAGCCCUCGCUUCAACCCUGCAGCCACAUUAUUUCAGAUCUUUCAUCCGAUACAUUUCACCACCCUUCCAGCCAAUUUUUUUUUAUCGAUUCCUUGUCAGUCUCUCCUUUUCUCUGGCAUUGCUUCCUUACUUGAAUCUUUCUAUCAUCUUUUUACCUUUUUUCUUAAUAUCUAUAUAACGUCUUUUCUUUCUCUUCCACCAUUUUUAAUUUAUUUCUUCUCUCUUUUCUUUGUUUUAGCCUUUACCCUCCUAUUUCUACUUUAUUUUUCCUACGUUUCUCUUCUAUCUCUCUUAACUUUUUCGUUUUUUUUUUCUCUCAUGUUACUAUUUCUCUCGUUCUACCACUUGUCUCCUUUGGUAAUCUGUCUUGUCUUCUUUUCUAUCAUUUCUAUGUUUGGUAGUUCAUCUAUGCGCCUUCUUCGAACUUUAUUUUAUCUCCUUUUCGUUUCCUAUUCUACCAGCUUUCUUUAUUGUUUUAGCUAUCGCCCAGUUUUUUGUACAUCCCCCUUCUCCUUCUCUUCAUAUUUAUUUCAUCUCGUUUUCUCCAUCCCUUUUACUUCAAACUAUCGUUCUCUCUUUUAUUUCUUUCCCCUCAAUUGCUCUUUCCCUAUCAGUUUAAAUUAUCCUUUUUUCUUUUAUUUCUUUCACCUCAGUUUCUCCCCCUCUCUCUCUCAGCUCAUACUUUCUCUUUUUCAUCUUUCUCUCUUUUACUUUAUCCUCUCGGAAAGUGGAAUCUCUCUCUCUCUGUCUCUCUAUCUAUCUACCUAUCUGAUUCUAUUUAUAUCUAUCUAUCUAUCUGAUUCUACUCAUUACUAUCUAUCUAUCUCUCUAUCUGAUUCUCAACGGGUAGAUUUUAUCAUUCGUGCAACAUCUUUUAAAAAUUUCUUUCUUUCUUUCUUUUAUCUAUCUAUCUAUCUAUCUAUCUAUCUAUCUAUCUAUCUAAAUACAAAGCGUAUUUGA